AUGUCUCUGCCUGCUGCUGAAGUGGCAGCCGACUUUCGAGACGCUCUCCAAGAUCUGAGGCAGAACAGUAGACCAGAAAUUAGCAAUCUAACACUCAUCGCCAAAGAGAACACAGAAUACGCACAAGCCAUAUCGACAGAACUGGAAAAUCAUGUCCGAUCAACUCGCCCUGAGUGGAAACUCCCAGCUCUCUAUGUACUCGACUCCAUCGUUAAGAAUGUUGGCACCCCAUACACCGUCUAUCUGGGUCGCAAUCUCUAUCGAACAUUCAUGGAUGCCUACCUGGUCAUGGACCAAGGCAUCCGUAAGGCUAUGGAAGGCUUAUUGAGGACAUGGAAGCAACCUGUGCCUGAAUCAAUGGAUCCCCGUCCCGUAUUCCCAGCCGAUGUGACUCAAGACAUUGAAAACGCACUCAACAAGAUUCGUGCAGCUACUGGUCAAGUACAGGCUCAGCGACCGCAACAUGCGCUCCCACCUCGACCACCGACCAAUGUGGCUUGGAGGAAUACUUCGACGCCUCCACAGAACGUACCACGGUACGCGGCUCCCCAAGACCCGCGCAUCCGACAGGCAUUACUACCAACUCCUCAAUACGGACCUCCUGCGCACACCACUACGCCGCCCAUGCAGUUCCAACAACCUCAACAGAGUGCUCAGCCAAUGUCGUCUAUUGAUCUUGCUGACUUGAAGGCCGAGGUCGCUCAGCUCAUAAGCACUACACAAACCAUGUUUGCACAAAAUCCUGCAGAUGUGGCUCUCCGAACAAAACUACAAGCACUUCUAGCACUCAAACACGUUCUCGACACACAGACACUGCCUCCUCAGCAGCUCGAAGCUGUACGAAAGCAGGUUCAAAACUUGGCCCCUCCUCCCGCGCCUACGCCAAUAUAUCCUCCCCCGACACCAACACUGGCGUACGCUCCUCAACAAGCGAUGCCUCCAAACUUCCCAACGGCUGGCACACCGUCGAACAGUGCUCCACCAAACCUCACGCAGCUGCUCGCAAGCUUCAGGCCGCCAAUGCAACAUACCCCACAACCGCCACCGACUCCGACUCCUGCUACUCCCUCUUUGGCCGAUCUCUUGAAGCGUGUCUCCUCUCCUGCUCAAACCACAGGCUCACCGGCACCUGCUCCGUUCAACUCCUUUCCUUUCCAGGCGUAUCCACCACCUGCCACUACUCCGGUACCAGCCCCGAUAGCCGCAGCACCACCACCACCAUCUGCCACGCCAACGGCCAACCUUGCUGCGCUGUUAGCUCAGUUCAACAAGCCUACUGCAGCACCACCACUCCUACCACCGACGCCUAUACAAGGCCCACCCCUUUCUCAGUUACCGCCGCAGUCGCACAAUCCCGCUCCUGCCAUGGGUAGCGCCGACUGGCUGUUGAAAGCCCUGAGUGGUGUUCCAGGCGGAAUUCCCGCGACUCCAAACCCUAUGACAUCUCAACCAUUAAUGUCACAGCCUUUGCCACCUCCAAACAUGCUCAAUGAAAUCGAACUCACGACUGCAUCCAUGAAGAAGCCACGCUUCCAUCUGAUCUCCCGCCUUUACGAAGCCAAACCUAGUAUAUGCGCGACAUGUGGCCGCCGCUUCGAGAACACGCCAGAGGCCAAGGAGAAGAAGGCGCGCCACAUGGACUGGCACUUCAAGGUCAAAGACCCCGAUGCAGUCAAGCGCGGUGUGCACCGCAGCUGGUACAUACCCGAAAAAGACUGGGUCGAGUACCGCGAAGUCGACGAAACGGCUCCCGUGACCGACACAGCCGUCACCACCAACGUCGCCAAGCCGAAGAAACAGGCAAAGGAUCGCUAUGUGUCUGUUCCCCAGGACACAGCGCUUAUCCACGCCCCGUGUCCGAUCUGCCAGGAGAAAUUCGACCCCGAGUGGAAUGUUGAGGCGAAUGAUUUUGUCUGGAUGGAUGCGUUGAGUGUGGGCGGGAAGAUUUAUCAUGCUACUUGCUUUGAAGAGUAUAGUAAAGGAGCCGGGAUCCCGAUGCCGAGUAGCCCGGAUUCUGUGCUGGGGAAGCGGAAGGCUGAUGCAGGUGACGUGUCGAUGGAGGGGAAGAAGGUCAGGGCCUUUUGA